AUGGAGGGAGACAACACCGACACAACGUACAAAGAAUGCCUGAGAAACCAUGCAGCCAGCCUUGGCAGCUACGCCACGGACGGGUGCGGGGAGUUCAGCCCCGACCACUCCUCCUCCCUCUGCUGCGCCGCCUGCGGGUGCCACCGCAGCUUCCACCGCAAAGUCAUUGAAGACGGCACGAGGCAGCAGAAGCAGCAGCAGCAGCAGCCAGCGGCCGGGAAGAAACGGUCGAGGACGAAGUUCACGGUGGAGCAGAAGGAGAAGAUGAUGGGUUUUGCGGAGAAGAUUGGGUGGAGGCUGCAGAGAAAAUUAGAGGAAGAUGACGAGAUCGAGAGGUUCUGCAGAGGGGUUGGGAUCACUCGUAAGAUUUUCAAGGUGUGGAUGCAUAACCAUAAGAACCAGCUCGUCUGCAGAACCUCGGCCGCCUGCGGUGGGAAUGCUUCCUCUGAUCUUACGGAUCACUAG